AUGACAGCCCAGGUAUGCAUCUGCAUCUGGCUGGUCUGGGCCUCAGUGUUGGACCUCAUCCAUGGACAAGGACCCAGCCUAGGGACUAGCCGACUGAGGCUUACUGUGCUGUCUGAAGACCGGCUCCAGAUGAAGUGGAAGGAAUCAGAAGGAAAUACCAAUGGCUACAAAGUUCAAGUAAAGCCCAUGGCAGGGGACUCAGAACAGGAAGUAAUGCUGACUACCAAGACACCUAAAGUCACUGUGGUUGGACUGAGCCCCACCAAGGAAUACACACUCCAGAUAUUUGCACUCAGUGGCUCCCGUGACACUCUGCUGGCCAGGCGGAGGUUUGUGAUUGAGGAUUUGAAGAGCAUCUCCAUGGGCAGGAACAGUCGGAAGCCAUCAGGGGAAACCCUGGAGCCCAUUUCCUCUUCAGUGGGAAAUCAUAAAGUUGAGCAGGUUCCUGAGCUUGAAGCAACUUCACCAACUUGGAGUGGAGUCUCUCCCACUUUAGCUGUCUCUGCCUCCAUCUUCCAAGGCCCUCAGUUCCACUGUGAGACCUCCAUUCCUGUGGAUAUAGUAUUCUUGGUGGAUGGGUCCUGGAGUAUUGGUCGAAGUAACUUCAGGCUCAUUAGAGAAUUCCUGGCCAACAUCAUCUCUCCUUUUCACAUUGCCCAGGAUAAAGUCCGAAUUGGUUUGUCCCAAUACAGUGGAGAUCCUCGGACUGAAUGGGACCUUAAUUCAUUCAACACCAAGGAUCAAGUUCUAGAGGCUGUGCGAAAUCUCCGUUACAAGGGUGGGAACACUUUCACAGGUCUUGCACUGACUCAUGUACUAGAGCAGAAUCUGAAGCUUGAAGCUGGGUCUCGCUCUGAGGCAGUUAAAGUGGUGAUUCUUCUGACUGAUGGCAAGUCACAGGAUGAUGCCCGACUUGCUGCUAAAGUUAUGAAAGACCUAGGCAUGGACAUCUUUGCCAUUGGAGUGAAGAAUGCUGAUGAGUCUGAGCUGACACACCUGGCCUCUCUACCCCUGGAUGUCACAGUUCACAAUGUCCAGGAUUUCCCUCUCCUUGGCAACCUGACCAAUAGACUCACCCGACUCCUUUGCUGGAAGAUCCAAGAGAGAAGUCCUCUACACUCACCUGCAGGUGUCCCGGCUCAUAGACGGCCUCACCCAAGCCCCACGAAUUUGAUUGUAUCAGAGGUGACAGCCACAGGGCUCCGCCUGGCCUGGACCCCUCCUCUGGAGCCUGCCAGGAAGUACAGGAUUGUGUAUCAUCCCUCCAGAGGUGGCACACCCAGGGAGGUCACAGUGGAGGGGGUUACCUCAUCUGCCCAGCUGCAGAAUUUGACCUCCAACACAGAGUACUUGGUUACAGUGCUUCCUGUCUAUAAGGACGGUGUUGGAGAGGGGCUCCGGGACAUUGUGACUACAUUACCACUGUCUCCACCAAGCUCACUGACCAUUUUCAGCGUGACUCACAGUAGUAUCCACUUGACCUGGCAACCCACAAAUAAAGUUACCCAGUACCUGGUUCACUGCACUUCUUCAGCUUCCCCUAGAGAGCAGGAAGUGGAGGAGAAAGAGGAAAGCGGGAAAGAGGUGAGAGUGGGGGAUCCUGAAGUUCUGCUGACCGGUCUAGCUCCCGGCACGGAAUACAGCAUCGCUGUGUAUGCUCUCUUUGGGGAGGAAGUCAGUGCGCCCCGGAGCAUCCGAGUCAAGACCCAGUCCUUGGAUCUCCCCAAACACCUGAGCUUCUCUGAGGUCAGCCACAGCUCUGCUCGAGUCCACUGGGAGGCCUCAUCGCGGGGGGUGCGUGUGUACCGCGUGUCCUAUGUCUCACUGGAAGGGAGCCAAGCUGGGGAGAUAGAUGUCUCCAGGAAUGCCUCUUCUGUCAAGCUGGCCCCACUGUCCUCCUCUACCUCAUAUAUUGUGAGUGUCACAUCGAUCUACAAAGAGGGUGAUUCCUCCACACUCACUGGACGAGUGACCACACGAAAAGUUCCAGCCCCAAGCCACUUAAAAGUAACCGAACUGCCAGGGGAUGAUGUCCGACUGGAAUGGGCUGCUGCUGCAGCUUCUGGUGUGGUGGUCUAUCAGAUCAAAUGGAUGCCCUUGGGUGAAGGAAAAGCUUAUGAGAUUUCUGUUCCAGGAAACCUAGGCACUGCCACUUUGCCUGGUCUAGGGAAGCAUGCAGAAUAUGAGAUCUCCAUCUUAGCUUAUUACAGAGAUGGGGCCCGCAGUGACACAGUAUCCCUCAGAUAUACUCCAAGCACUGUGUUCUUUGCUACAGUGAGCAGGAAUCCACCCUUGAACCUUGUGCUAACCUCAGAGACUCCCAGCAGCCUUCGGAUCCUCUGGACACCCCCUAAUGACAACGUUCUGCACUACAGACUCACCUAUGCUCUGGCCUCUGGCUCUAGCCCUGAGAAAACAAUCAUAAUUCCUGGCCCAGAGAAACACGUGACACUUCCUCUCCUGCUCCCUGGGACCAAGUACAAGGUUAUGGUUUCAGCUGUCUACAACCUGGGGGAGAGCAAUGUUGUGUCUGCCAUAGGAAGGACUGCGGCUUGCCCAGCUCUCCGUGCUAACGGCUCUCUGCCAGGAUUUGACAUGAUGGAGGCUUUUGGCUUGGUGGAAAAGGAAUAUGCAUCCAUCAAAGGGGUCUCAAUGGAGCCCUCUAUCUUCAGUGGAACUUGGACCUAUACACUUUUCAGGGAUGUCCAGCUGAUGCGUCGAGCCAGUGAAAUCCAUCCAGCUGCCCUCCCACCGGAGCACACCAUCAGCUUUCUCCUCCGUGUGCUCCCAGAGACACCUAGGGAGCCCUUCGCAUUGUGGCAGAUCACUGAUGAGACCUUUGAGCCCCUUCUUGGAGUCACCCUUGAUGCUGGCAGAAAGUCCCUGACCUAUUUCAAUCGUGACCACAAGGCUGAGUUGCAAGAAGUCACAUUUGAUUUGCCGGAAGUGAAGAAGAUAUUUUAUGGGAGCUUCCACAAGGUACAUGUGGCAGUCAGUCGCACCAAGGUCAAGCUCUACAUUGACUGUCGGAAGGUCACAGAGAGGCUGAUCAAUGAGGCAGGGAGCUCAUCAACUGCAGGAUUUGUCAUGUUGGGAAAACUAACCAAGGCCAGGGGCCCCCGGAGUGGCUCAGCAACUUUUCAGCUCCAGGCCCUGCAGAUUGUUUGCAGUGAUACCUGGGCAGAGGAAGACAGAUGCUGUGAGGUCCCUGCUCUGAGAGACACAGAAACCUGUCCUGCCCUGACUUCUGCCUGUACUUGUCCUUCAGAUCAGCCUGGCCCUCCAGGGCCUCCUGGGCCCCCUGGCACCCCAGGGAGGAGAGGCAUCCAGGGGGAGCAAGGGACUCCAGGACCUAGAGGUCCACCAGGGGUCAAAGGUGAGAAGGGGGACAUUGGACAUCCAGGCUUACAGGGCCACCCUGGCCACCAAGGACCACCUGGGAGACACGGCCUCCAAGGUCCAAAGGGGAUGAGGGGAUUUGAAGGUACAGCUGGCUUUCCAGGACCUCCUGGCCCAAGGGGCUUUCAGGGAAUAGCUGGCGCCAGAGGUAUCAAUGGGGAGAAGGGACCCCCUGGAAACGUGGGACCCACGGGGCUUCCUGGGCCUAAAGGAGAGCGAGGAGAGAAGGGAGAACCUCAGUCCCUUGCCACCAUUUACCAGUUGGUCAGCCAGGCUUCUCAUGUGUUGAAAUUCGAUCCAUUCCUUCAUGAGAACACCAGGCCCCCAGUGCCUGUCUGGGAGGAGGAGGUAAAGUCAGGAGAGCCAGGCUUGCCUGGUCUUGCUAACCUUCCUGGCCAGAAAGGAGACAGAGGACAGGAUGGAUUCCCUGGAGAGCCUGGGAGAGAGGGCUACCCAGUACCAUUGACAGAUAGGACUGCCCCUGCCUUGGACCACUGCAGAAAUCGUCACAUCUGGCUGCUGCCUCCCCAGUCAGCUUGUUGCAUGGUAGCCCUUCAGAAAACCAAGUUCCUUUCUUACUCUGGGCCAGACCUUGAAGACAGCUGCAUUUCUGGGAGGAGGGAGGAGAGAGAGGGCUCCAUCAAGGAGGUUUGGUGGAGAUGA